AUGGAAGAAAAGAGCAUGAAGGCAUCCAACCUCGUCAAUAAGUAUGGUUGGAUCAUCUUCCCUCUGUUAUUAUUGGGACUGGGCGUUAGCAUCAUCAUUGUAUCAGUUGUCAUGACUCGGAAUGCUGAGAAGGCUAUAAUGAAAGAUUCUGAUGAUAUGCUCACGAUGUUGUUUGCACGUCUAGACCAACGCUUGGUUGAGAUGAAUGGCUAUACCUUCAAUGUUGCAACAUUACUCAACCCGAUCGGAAACUUGUCAAAAUUCUUUGACAUCAAGAGAAUGGUGGUGCCACGGUUGUUUGCAGCAUUUAUGGUGCUCCCAUGGGUUUCAGAGAUCUCUUAUGUUAGAGUCAAUGGGCUUCUCUUCUCAUACUACCAUGAUAAGAACAAGAUCAUUGCUGUGUUCUCGAACACAUCCCAUUCUUCCAGUAAUUCCACUACCUAUCAUUUAUAUAGACAAUCUGUAGAUCAGAGUACUGGGGAGGUGUUCGGAGAUGCAAUUCCUUUCACUCGACUAUAUUCUAAUAGCCAGUGGCUUCAAGAUGCAUUCAAUGGCAAGAGUGGGAAUGCUUCUUUAGGAGUUGGAUGGGGAAAUGCUAGGGAUGAUCAGAUGCUCUUUUUCACAGCUCCAGUGGCAAAAGCAGGAGUUGUUUCAGUUGGAAUUACGGUAAAAGAUUUUGUGGGUAACAUUUCUAGCAUCUACCUUCACGGUGCACUCAUAUACAUUGGUCUAGAAGAUGGACCUCCACAUACUCGCUAUAUGCUUCGCAAUAGUACAAUAUUUGCUUUUGAUCGGAAGGACAAUUUACAAAAGGCAGCGUAUGCCAAUAUUUCCUGCCAAGUUGAAAACUAUGUAGGUCAAGGUGUUGGUCCAUCAAAUGAUAAUUAUUUGAGCAUUUUAGGUAGAACAUACAAGUAUAGUUGUGGUGAACUCAACAUGUACGGAAUCCGAGUGGUAUCUAUCGUAGCCCUCGCCUAUAAGAAAAGUAUAAUCCUGGUACAGAACAUCCAGAUUGUACUUCUCCAGCUUGAGUCAUUGAUGAUUCUUGGUGUGAUUAUUGGGAGCUACAUAAUCUUCCUAUUAUUUAGAAGAUCCCAAGUACAAGAGACAUUGUUACGUGCAAGCCUCAUCAAGCAAAAGGAGAAAAAUCAGCACGAAGAGAGGAAGAGUAUGAACAAGAGUUUGGCAUUUGCUAGUGCUAGCCAUGAUGUGCGUAAUAAUCUUGCAGCCAUCACCGGUUUAGUAGAACUAUGCCGUACUGAUGCCCCCCAGGAUUCUGAAUUAGAGAGAAACUUGGAGAAAGCAAAUAGUUGUGCAUCAAAACUUCUAGGGAUACUAAAUUCAGUUCUUGAUACAAGUAAAGUGGAAGCAGGAAAAAUGCAAUUAGAAGAGGUUGAAUUUGACAUGGCCCAGGUUCUUGAAGAGUCAAUUGAUAUAUUUUAUGUAUUGGCUCUUAAGAAAGGUGUUGAGGUGAUUUGGGAUCCUUGCGAUUGCUCUGUUUUUAGAUCAUCAAAAGUCAAAGGAGAUUGCAGGCGACUAGCACAGAUUCUGGAUAAUUUGCUCGGCAAUGCAGUGAAAUUCACAUCCAAGGGACAUGUGGUUGUGCGUGCUUGGGCUAAGAAGCUUAGCAUUGAAAACUUGAAACAUUCUUAUCAACAUGGAUGCCACUUUACUAACUUAUUUGAUUGUCUACCAAAGGGGCUUUGGAAAGAUGCAGAUGUCGACAUGGAUUUGGACACUCUUAAUUCUAUUCAGCAUGAUCCAAAUUCUAUUGAAUUCAUUUUUGAGGUAGAUGAUACUGGUAUAGGAAUCCCUAAAGAAAAGAGAGCUUCUGUCUUUGAAAAUUAUGUUCAAGUCAACGAAUCAACCAUUGGAGGACAUGAAGGCACUGGUUUGGGACUUGGAAUUGUUCAAUCCUAUGUUCAUUUGAUGGGUGGGAAUAUCAACAUCCAAGAUAAAGAACCAGGUGAACGAGGAACAUGUUUCAGAUUUAAUAUAUUUCUAAAAUCAAAUGAAAUUUCUUUCAAUGGUGAAGGAGAGGGCACAAAUACUAAUAGCAAUCUAGUAUCAAAUUUGUCACAUGAGAGAUAUAUAUUUGCUUCUAGUGACCCAUAUACAGAGAAAAAUGACACUGUCCAAUCAAAUAUUCGAGCCAUGGCACUUAGAAGAGGUCUUAAGAUGGAAGGUAUUCACUCUCUGCUUUUGGUUCAAGGUGAUGAAACAAGAAGAAUUUUGCAAAGAUGGAUGGAGAACUCUGGGAUUAAUGUCUGGGCAAUUCUGCAACCGGAGCUUCUAUAUCCUUCACUUGAAAAGAUUAAGAACGAUCUCAGUUUCUCAAAAAGGUUUGAUUCAGUAUCAAGUAAUGUCUCCUCAGAGAAUGACUACAAGAAAGAAAAAGAAGAGUAUUUUAGUUCGAAAGAUGAGGAUGAUCAAAAUUUGCCUAUCACUAGUAAGAAAGAUCACAAUGGGAUAAGUUUUGGAGGCUCAUCCACUUAUGUCAUAGUCAUUAUUGAUAUGAGUUGUGGAAAUAUCACAGAGAUGUGCUCAAUCUUGAAGAAUUUUACAAGCAGCAUUCAUAACAUGCAAUAUAAAAUUGUUUGGUUAGCCAAUUCUGAUACACCUAGUGCUGAUUUAGAAAUAUCUAAAGAGGUAGUUUGUGAUCUUAUAUUACAAAAGCCCUUACAUGGUUCUCGUUUAUAUGCACUUUUGAAACUUCUACAAGAGUUUGGAGGAAUAGAUGAAGCUCCUCAAUCAAGCCAACAUUUUCACGCGAGAUCUCCAAUGAGAUGCAAUGUAGAUGAUGAGAAACCUUUAAGUGGCAUGAAUGUCUUGCUUGUUGAAGAUGCAUCUACUUUGCGUCAUUUAUCUACAAUUAUGCUUUCACACUUUGGUGCAAUUGUUGAAUCGUCUGAAAAUGGGUUAGCUGCUUUGAGUUUAAUCAAAAAGGCUCUACGAGAGGCAGCUUAUUUGCAUGAUGGAAGCAUCCAAGUGCAAGGAACUUCAAAGAACUUCCGUUAUGAUAUUGUUCUCAUGGACUGUGAGUAUUUUCUAAUAUCUUUUUGUUUUAUCUCUCAGAUGCCAAUAAUGAAUGGUUAUGAAGCAACAAGAUAUAUACGAGAAGAGGAAAAGUAUUAUGGCCUCCAUAUUCCAAUUAUUGCUCUAACUGCUCAUACAACACCCGAGGAAGAAAGGAAGAUAGUUAUUUCUGGAAUGGAUUUUCACUUGACAAAACCAUUACAAAUUGACCAGUUGCUAAAAGCUAUUAAUAGUGUUUGUCAAAAAGAGAAGUAUUAA